AUGAUCAUUUAUAAUCUCCUAUAUAUAGUUACGCACUUAAAAUAGGCUUUUUAGGAUUUGCUUCAUAUAAAAUUUAUCAGAGGAUCCCCUUUUUUCUUAGAUGGAGAAAGUAUCAAAGCUAUAUGUCAGGAAUUAAACAUGCAGAAGCAAAAGAUUCAGUUUCAAACAAAAUUAUUUGCUACUAAGGCAAUCUAAAUUUUGACAGCUCCAAAUAAAUUAAAGAUUUACUAUUUGGUGUUACUUCGUAAUAAAAUUUAGGACUUUACAGAAAAGUAGAGAUAUUUAGAACUCUUGGUAAAUAAAAAAAAUAAGAUUGGUAUAAUGUAAAUUAUCUUGAUGAAGAAAUGA